ACAAAAGAAGGGCUGCAGUCGGCCAAAAGAACACCCGUUCCUCUAAUUCAUGCAUCCGAUUUGGAGGAUGCAAGCAGAGAUGACGAUGUUCGAAUAAGCAGAAAGACUGCCAUGCAGGAGUCGAAGAGGAAGCAACAAAAUCAGGUGUUGGUUAAAAAGCAACAGCUGACAGCAGUGCUCGAGCAGCACACGAGGCAUGUGCUAUUAAGCAAUGGCACGGCUGCUGGCAAAACUGUUGCAGCUCCAAAGAGAAAGAGGACUUUGGAUAAAGACUUCUCUGACUCUAGUGAUGACGAGACUCUGGUCACACUAUUAGAACUUAAAAAUUCUGAGAACGAGGCCAAGUUCUGGAAAAGUUGGUUCAAGUUAGAAAGUCAGCAUUCAGCCUCUUUAAAAAGGCACAUCAACUUUCUCGAGAAAAAAGUCGAGCAACAGAUGACUUCGUUUCAGCAGACAGUGGAAGAUUUUAUCAGCCAGCCCUGUCGGUGUGGGAAUGGCAGGAUUCGGCAAAGAAGCAUUGCAGCAGAGUUGCCAAAAGCUGCAUCAGAGCCAGCACCUAAAAGUGCUAGGGGCCACGAGAAACCCUGGGACAGUAUGCAAGUGGGAACAACUGCUGCACCUACACCACCAGCUGUAUUGGCACCAGAAAAUGACUGCACUGGAAAAGCAGUCGAAAAGGCUGCGCCUGCCCAAACCAAGCAGCUCAGCCGAUGGUGCCUGCGGAAUUUUCCGCAUGUAAUGGUGGGCUGUUCCAUCUUUCAAAAAACAUUUUUGUAACCCAAGAGCAAGCAGCGAAGCUGUUCAGAAACAAAAAACCGAGCAUUUUGGUUAGGGAUGCUGCACAAGUUGUGUGGAGGUGUGACACGCUUGCGCAGAGAAGCGUAAGUGGUCGGUUGGCACCCACAAAGGCCAACAGUGGGCAGGAGCCAUCCAAGCAGCUGACACCAGAGAAAGUGGCGGUUGUUUACGGGUGCCUGGCCUACUGGGGCAAUGUCAACAAUGUGGACACCACGCUAGCCCACCACAACGUCAUGCGUACCCUCACUGAAAAGAUUCAAGACUGCAAGAGGAAGCUGCGCAUUAACUGAAUGCAAAGCUGUGCAUGAAUUAACAGCAAUACUAGUCAUGUAUUAUGUGCUAUUUUUGACUGAAAUACAUA